UUGCUCGCCGUGGCCGGGCCGGGGCGGCGGGAGCGGGUCUCCCCGCAGGGAGGAAGGCGGCCGCCUUCCGGGCCGGGAUAGCGCACGAAGCCGGAGCCGCCGCCCAGCAGGAAUUCCUUGGAGCCUGCCCUGGGAAUGGACAGCCACCUCCAUUUCUGGAGGAGAGUAGUGCCAAUUGAAGAAGCCUUCAAGGCAAGUCGACAAGUGUGCUGAUACUCUUCUAAGAGUAAAGGGAAGCGACUACCUUCUAGGCCAACAGCCAUGCCUUUCGGGCUGAAACUACGACGGACCAGACGCUACAAUGUCUUGAGCAAGAACUGCUUUGUGACACGGAUCCGUCUGCUGGACAGCAAUGUCAUUGAGUGCACUCUGUCCGUGGAAAGCACGGGGCAGGAGUGCUUGGAAGCUGUUGCUCAGAGGCUGGAAUUACGUGAGACACACUACUUUGGCCUUUGGUUUCUCAGCAAGAGCCAGCAAGCCCGCUGGGUUGAACUGGAAAAGCCUCUGAAGAAACAGCUGGACAAAUUUGCCAAUGAGCCUUUGCUUUUCUUCGGGGUAAUGUUCUAUGUGCCCAGUGUUUCCAGACUGCAACAGGAGGUAACAAGAUAUCAGUAUUACCUACAAGUGAAAAAGGACAUUCUUGAUGGCCGAUUGCGUUCAUCAUUGGAGCAGGGAAUUCGACUAGCUGGUUUAGCAGUGCAAGCGGAUUUUGGAGACUAUCAUCAGUUUGAAUCUCAUGACUUCCUCCGAGAAUACGUCUUGUUUCCUAUGGACUGGACCCAGGAUGAAGCUGUCCUGGAGGAACUGACUCAAAAGGUUGCACAAGAGCACCGAACUCAUAGUGGCAUUACAGCAGCAGAGGCUGAGCUAAUGUACAUCAAUGAAGUGGAACGCCUUGAUGGGUUUGGACAGGAAAUGUUCCCUGUGAAGGAUAAUCAUGGAAAUGACAUACACCUCGGUAUUUUCUUCAUGGGAAUCUUCAUAAAAAACAGAAUUGGAAGGACAACUGUGAUCUAUAGGUGGAAUGACAUUGGGAAUAUUGCACAUAACAAGUCUUCAAUUGUUCUAGAGCUGAUCAACAAAGAAGAGAAUGUGCUCUUUCACACAGAUGAUCUUGAAAAUGCCAAAUAUAUCUCACGGCUCUUUGCAGCAAGACAUAAGUUUUACAAACAGAACAAAAUCUGCACAGAACAAUCAAGUUCUCCUCCCCCUAUCCGACGACGGCCUACUUGGAGUAGAUCGUCUUUGCCCAGACAACAUCCAUUUAUACUGCCUCCUAUGCAUGUCCAGUGUGGAGAUCACUACACUGAAACACAUAAUUCACAAGACAGCAUUUUCCAUGGAAAUGAAGAAACUUUCUACUGUAGGUCUCAGACCAGCUUAGACAGGUGUCCAGUGGACUUCAGCUACUUGAAUGGUAAUGGACCCAAUGGGAGUGUGUGCAGUGCACACAGCAUGAACUCCCUGAAUCGUUCACAAAACUUCAUCCAGGCAUCUCCAAUGUCCUCAAAUCUGAGCAUCCCUGGAAGUGACAUCAUGAGAGCAGACUAUAUCCCCAGCCACAGACAUAGUGCAAUCAUAGUCCCGUCUUACCGACCAACUCCAGAUUAUGAAACUGUUAUGAGGCAAAUGAAAAGAGGGGUGAUCCAGAUGGACAGCCAAAGUCAGUCUUUGAGGAAUCUCAAUAUUGGAAACACACAUGCUUAUAACCAGCCAGAAGACCUAGUUUACAGUCAACCUGAGAUUCGAGAGAGGCAUCCUUAUACAGUCACAUAUGGACCUCAGGGUGGUAGCUAUAACAAGCCUGUUACCCCCUCUGACCAAAUGAACCCUAAAAAUGCUGUGCAAAAUAAGACAGCAGCCAGUGCCAUAUCGCACACGGUCAGUACACCAGAACUGGCUAAUAUGCAGCUGCAGAGCAGCCAGAAUUACAAUACUGCUCAUAUGUUAAAGAACUAUCUCUUCAGACCCCCACCCCCAUACCCACGCCCACGUCCUGCCACCAGCACACCUGACCUUGCAAGCCACCGGCACAAGUAUGUCAGCGGGAGCAGUCCCGACUUGGUCACACGCAAAGUCCAGCUCUCAGUAAAGACGUUCCAGGAGGACAGCUCACCCGUCGUCCGUCAGUCACUGCAGGAGGUCAGCGAACCCCUCCUUGCAGUGAAGCACCAUGCGGCUGUGAACAAGCGCCAUAGCUUGGAGGUCAUCAGCAAUAUGGUACGUGGUAUAGAAGCCAUGGCAUUAAAAACCUUAAACGCUCCUCUACCACGCAGGAACACCUUGCGGGAGCAGGUGCAGCCAGAAGAGUCGGUUCAGAUGGGGCAUGAAGUUCAACAGGUUCCUCAUUAUCAUCACAAAAAGACAUUCUCUGAUGCCACAAUGCUGAUACACAGUAGUGAAAGUGAAGAGGAAGAAGAUACCACAAAAUCUGUGACACAGAUAAGAGCCCUCCAUGAGAACAUGAAGUACAGUGCUCAGUUGCAAGCUGCCUUGGCUAGAAUACCAAAUAAACCUCCUCCAGAAUAUCCUGGGCCUCGAAAAAGCGUCAGCAACGGAGCCCUGAGACAGGACCAUAUUAGCACUUCUGUGGCCGUAGCCAGGGCCAAGGCCAUGAGGCCAGGGCCCUCCAAGGCCAUCAGUGUGUCUCGGACAGAUCAAGUGGCAAUAAAUGGGUCCUCGCUUGGGCCCUCUAUCUCAGAGCCUGACCUCACAAGCGUAAAGGAGAGGGUGAAGAAAGAACCAGUCAAGGAAAGACCUGUGUCCGAAAUGUUUUCGAUUGAGGACAGCAUUAUAGAGAGAGAAAUCAUGAUGAGGAAUCUAGAAAAGCAGAAGAUGGCAGGCCUGGAGGCCCAGAAGAGGCCCUUGAUGUUGGCAGCACUGAACGGACUUUCAGUUGCUAGGGUUCCAGUGCCGGAGGACAGCCAGGAUGAAGUAGCCAAGGUGCCAAUGGAUGAGAGGUGCAAAAUCUUGAAGCGAAAGUUGGAAGAGGGGAUGGUGUUUACAGAAUACGAGCAAAUUCCAAAGAAAAAGGCAGAUGGGAUCUUCACCACUGCUGCCUUGCCUGAAAACACUGAGCGCAACCGCAUCAGGGAAGUUGUUCCUUAUGAGGAAAACCGAGUGGAGCUGGUGCCGACCAAAGAAAAUAACACAGGCUACAUCAAUGCUUCACAUAUAAAGGUUACUGUAGGCGGAGAGGAGUGGCACUACAUUGCUACCCAAGGGCCUCUUCCACACACGUGCCAUGACUUCUGGCAGAUGGUAUGGGAACAGGGGGUGAAUGUUAUAGCCAUGGUCACAGCUGAAGAGGAGGGAGGAAGAAGUAAGAGUCAUCGUUAUUGGCCUAAACUGGGCUCUAAACACAGCUCAGCCACUUACGGGAAGUUCAAGGUGACAACCAAGUUCCGCACAGACUCCGGCUGCUAUGCAACCACUGGUCUGAAGGUCAAGCAUCUUCUCUCUGGGCAAGAGAGGACAGUGUGGCAUUUGCAGUAUACUGAUUGGCCAGACCAUGGAUGUCCAGAUGAAGUUCAAGGCUUUUUAUCUUACUUGGAGGAGAUACAGUCAGUGCGUCGCCACACCAACAGCGUGCUGGACAGCAGCAACAACUGCAACCCUCCUAUUGUGGUUCACUGCAGUGCAGGGGUAGGAAGGACCGGAGUGGUAAUCCUAACAGAGCUGAUGAUUGGGUGCUUGGAGCAUAAUGAAAAAGUAGAUGUCCCUGUGAUGCUGAGACACCUGCGGGAGCAGAGAAUGUUUAUGAUCCAGACCAUAGCCCAGUACAAAUUUGUCUAUCAAGUGCUCAUCCAGUUCUUGCAGAACUCAAGACUUAUUUAAUCUCUUCAAACAUCUCAGAGCCAGCUCUGUGGAUCUGACUGAACCUUACUGAUGAAUGAGGGGAACUGCCUUGACAACACAGCAUGCAAUCCAUGUUGCACUUUUUAAUGCUGUCUUGAAAGUAAGGAAUUUGUUCUUUACUAGAGUGUCCCAUGGGUUAUUUUAUAGAAGAUAUAAUUUAUUUUUCCUUAGAAUAAUUUGUGAAUUACUUUAAUAACUUGUAAAACUUAUGGUGAGCUUUGAAUUGAACUAUAUUUGACAUGACCGGUCUGCAUUGUAACAUAUCCGUAGGGAAAGCAAUCCUUCAUAAAUACUGGCCUUUAUUGGACUUCACCAUUUCUGAAAUGAACGGUUAUUUGGCAGUGGGCUUUUUCUUACAUAAGAACAUUCUGACCCAGAUGUGUAGCUUCUAUGAUUUAAAAAGAAAAAAGAAAGACCUGCUAGAUGUCAAAUACAGUUCUGAAUGAGUGGAAGCAGAGAACACACUGUCCUGGGACAGGGAGACCUAAGCUUCUGCAUAUGCAGAAUGGCACAUUACAGUGGGCUCAAGCACAGGCUGUUGUGAGGGCAGAGAAUUUGGGUGCUGAACUGUUCAAAUUGAAUGAGAAUUACAGUUUUAUAUUAGUCCUUAAAGAAAAAAAAAAAAAAAAAUCAAUAUUGGAUCUUUUAAAGUGAGCCUUUGCUAUUCAGUCCUUGAAGGGGUUUGUGUAAGAGUUGAAAACUGACCAAGAGCACGGUGAGGCCAGUGAAUCUUUCCUGUGGAUAUGGGUUGAGCAGUAGAUGGAUUUCAACUACAUGCAGCUGAAAAAGAAACUAAUGUAUCAAAUGAAGCAUCUUUUAUGAAUUGCACAGAGAUUUUUAUUGCCUUGAUGGUCACCUUGAGUGGAAAAGGAAUCAAAUUCAAGUUGGACAUCUCCCAUCACCUGUCCUUGUUUCCUGUGUCUUCAGUGCUGUAAUUGUUUCAUUUUCUAGUCCACUGAACUUCAGAAAAAUGAUCAAUACUGUUUUUAUUCUGUCCAGCAGUGAUUCUUGAGGGCUUUAGUUUAGAUUCUGCCUUGACUGUUUUCCUAUCACCGUCUUGUAGUUUGUGCACAUACCAAGCAGUUUUUUGGUAUUGGCAGCUCUCAUUUUGUUAGGGUGUUUUUUGUGUUAGAUUGCACAAGCCAUCUCUCUUCUCAGGCUGCUGUUUCAACACUACUGGUCAUUUUGGGUUCUCCCUUCUGUUUAUUAUUACUGCUUUAUUCUGGUAGUGUUCAGGGUUUCCAGUUAGGAGUCUGUUGUACCAGACAUUGUGUGAGUACAUAAUGGAGUAACAGUCCUUGCCUGAAGUUUACAAUCAGAACAGAAAAGGGAAACAAACCUCCUUAUCCACCUCACAGCUAGAUUAACGGGUUCUUAACUGGCUUGUCUGGGCCCGAAAGUGAAGUCUGUGGUAGAGCUAAAAAAAAAACCAAAACAUGUCCUGUAAAUAUUUCACCAGCCAGGCCUGCUCCGUCUCUUCUUCUGUCCCUCAGCAUUCACCAGUUGUUCAGCACAACUUUGUGCACGAUCCUUUCUCCAGACUUUAUUUCACUGGAGCAAAUCACAUCAUGAAUUACAUCACAGUGUAUGCACAGUAACACGUACAGUUAUUUAGAAGUGACAGGAACUGUAAAAAAUAAAUAGCUUUAGCAAGUCACAGUACAAUUCCCACCUUGUUACUUGAGGUGCACAAGAGAUAGAGAAGUUCCUGCACUGAGAUGGUUCCCCUUAUCGUUCUCCUCCCUUUCCAGAAUCCAUGCUCCUUCCAUGCCUGUAGUUUUCACCCCCAGCACAAGCUGGUGUCCGGGUUUUUUACACCCUAUUUUCUAUUGUUUCUUCUUCCUGGAUGAGUCUUCAUUUCUUCUGAGGUCACAGCUGUUAUGUGGCAUUAUGUGAAAUGCAGUUGUUUGCCUUUUUGCUAAGAAGCAUUGGUAAUGGUUGGACUGGAUGAUCUUCUAGGUCUUUUCCAACCUUGAUAAUUCUGUGAUUCUGUGAACAGUUUCAGGUCAGGUUGAGUAUUGUUAAAGGCCAUGGAACAUAGAUUCCCAGCUCCCAAAUGCAUCCCAGAACAGACUGCAAUCCAGAAAGGCCGUGGUGCAGUUACUGUUUUGGAGAAUCACAAUUACUGCACUCAUCUGUGAGCAUCUCACACUGCGCGUGGCAACAAAGAAAAGCAGUUUUUUUCCUAUUCUUGUUUUAAAUGCAUACAGCCAAGCCAAAACAAGCUCUAAGUCAAUGUAUAAAGGCCAAAGCCAACAAGUACUCUGAAGUUCAGGAUCACUAAGGGGACCUACACUCCUGCUUUUCUUUAAGUGCUGCGAGAGCUUAAUCUAAGGCUCUGUACCAGAGUCCUUCUGAAAUGCAAGUAAAACUGCUGUGUUUUUUUGCUGCUAUGCAAUAUGGGCUUAACAGUGUGACAAAAGUUCUGGUAGAUUUUCAGCAACCAACAAAUGGCCGUGAGCUCUUUAGCUGUAAUGUCUUGACCAUGUUCCUUUUAAGGAUCAGUUGAGUUUUCAGUCAACUUCUGUUUUCUCCAAUUCCUUCUGCCAAUGCCAAUGUAUCUCCUGUUACAUUAGCAGCAACCAUUUAAAGUCUUUUCAGCAGCAUCUGCAUGAUAAUUGCACAGAGAUGCUUUAUAUCUGGGAAACAAGCCAAAGAAUAAACCUUGAAGCAAAGUGUAUUAAAUUAGUUAUCUCGUUUUAGCUUUUUGAAUAAUUUUCUAAUGAUGAAUUAAGUUUGAACUUGGAGCUGUCAAGUCCCAUUGCUCCACUUGGAUCUGAGAAGUAGAAAAUCAGGAGGGAAAAUAAUCUGCCCCUGUGUCUUAUUACUCAGUUAUUCUUGGCUGAAAUGCGUCCUACUGUUUCUACAGUCACUACAAAAAAGUUACUUCAUAAGAGAAUGUAAAUAGCUGCGUUUAAAAGGAAAAUUAAGCAAGCGUCACAUCACAAGUGUCUUAGAAAAAUAUCAAUUACGAAAUGGCACCAAAAAUCCUUUCCAAAUUAAGUCAGUACUCAUUAAUGAGCCAAAUGAGUGGCCACAUAGUAAACAGUCAUUUCCAAUUAACUCCUGAGACGGCUGGUGUAGUAGAUAGAAGUCAGUGUGACUCACUUUUUCCCUUUCAUUGUCAAAGAACAGUAAUUUUAAACUUUCCCUUUCAUCUGACUCCAGUGUAUUUUUUCCUGCCAUAUUUUAUCUUGACUUGAUCUGCUUGCUAAUAUCAUAAAUGAAUUGGGUUGGUGUGUGUCUUUAGAGGUUCCUUUCCACCCCAGCUUGCAAAUGAAUCUCAGCACACCAAUGAUUUAUUACUGAAAUGGGUUACGCUUUGUAGGAGAAAAACUGAGCCUCCUGACUUUGAACCCAUUGUAGCUUUAUCAGUCCUAAACCACUUGGGCCAUAUUUCCUAACCCUUUAGGGAGUGACAGGAAGAUGCACAUUGUAUCCAGUUUCAUUAGUAGUGUAGGGGCUAAACCAUGACAGUUAAAGCAGCAGUUCUGUUCAGUUUCUGGCCCACAGCCGUAACAGCAGAAUCCUUUAGCACAAGGGGAGGGUUGUAGCAUCACGUCCUUUGUAACCCCCAAACAUGACAGUUAGUAGGUUGCAGACCUUAAAACAUGGAAACCAGCAGUCUUCUCCAAGGUUCCCAUGUUGCAGUCUGGCACAUUUAGCCUACGCUCCUCACAUUAUUUUCUAGGAGAAAGCUCAGAGUGGAUGAGCCCUACUUGGGGGAAUUCAUUGUGUGUAUUCUCCUUUUCAUGCACUUUUAAUCUGUAUUUACUUUCACAAUAUUUAACAGCUUCUUUUUUUCUUUAAAGUCGUAACAAUGUUUGCAUUGAGGUUCUUGGCAUCACAUUUUUGCUUAAUGUUAUGGUCAGAGCAUUUCAUGCUUAACUUUGUCUGAGUUGAGGAUGGGAGAUCACAGUUGAGUUGCUGCUCACCAGCAGCCUGCCCAGCGCUGCGGACAUCCAGAUUCUGUCCUCCAUGGGCUGUGCUGGAGAACAGUGGAGCUCCAUGUCAGCUGCUCAGGUCCUACUUGUUCCAGCUGCUCCCCAGGCCUGCUUUGGCACCUUCGCAUCCUCAGUGAGUUGAGGUAAGACAGAGCUUGAUCCCACAAACAUUCGGUGAAUACACAUGAAACUCAAGGAUGACACACAUUUCACGAAAUAAUGGGUAUAUCAUUCUGAAGGAGCAAAUUAUCCCCAGCUCAUUCUCAGCCUUCUAUAAAGGUUUUCCUUACAGAACUGAGAGCUGUGGGAGCUACACGUGCAGUUGUUGCCAUUUGAGAGAAGAGGACAUUGUACAUGCAGCUUCAUGUAGCCUUGACUUGCAAGGACUGUGAUUUGAGGAAGGGGGAACAGUUGGUUGUUUGGGCUCUUGGACCAGCAAGCGAAGGCUGAGUUCUUAACCACAGAUAAAUGCCUGUUAGAUUGUGAAACAAAACAAUACUGUGCAGCUUAAAAAUAUCAGUGUCUAUAUAAAUACUGAAAAGUAAAUCGAUUUUGUUAGCGUAAGAUGCUCUAAAACCAGUGAAAUUCAAUUGGUUCCCCUCAGCCAUUUUUCAGCGGCUGUUUUUCUCAUUGUCGAAGUGUUGAUACUCUUGAUCUGAGCACACCUUUACUGUGAGUUUCCCUGCUGCAGCAGUGGGACUUUGCCUUUGGAGGGUGGCCUGGAAGUCAUCGGUGGAAGAGCAGCUCUCAGUGGAGAAUCCCAGUACUCUUUAACAGUUAGAAAAAAGCAAACCUAUAUUCAUUUCAGGGAUCUGCUCAAGUAUUAGUGCUUAAUAGGUUAUUUUUCUUCGAGAUCAUCUGCCUAAAGACUUGGUGUUUUGGAUUGAGUCUCUAUACUCAGACACUUCAGUGGAAGCAGUCCCUGAUGAGGCAGGCGAGAGUGAGAAAGGCUUCCUAUAAAAUUCUUCCAGGACAGGCUGGUAUUUGAUGCUAAAUAAAGAUAAUUGAAGGUUGCAUGAGGUGUUCAGUCCCAAUAGCACAGCUGGCAAUGAGUGAUUUAAGGCCUUCCCAAUGAUAAAGUUUUAUAAAAUUUUAUAUAUAUAUAAAUUUGGGGGUUUAAAAAUCACUGAUAGCUCCAUUUUCAAUGAGUUGUUUUUAAACCCAUUUAUUCCUUUGGCCUUCACAACAUCCUAUGUUGGUGAGUCCCACAACUUAAUUAUAUACGUAAAUGUGUAAGAACUUCCUUUUUGUGUAUGUUAAAAGUAUUUUCUUGCUGCUACUCAGAAUCUUUAAUUAAAAAGAAAAAGCUUUUUAGUGCCAGAAACAUUGUUAAUAGUUUGUUAGAUGUUUACCCUGUUGAGAUUGCUCCAUAUGGAAAACACGUUUCCCUCAUUGGUAGAGUACCUUUCUUUUGCUAUUUUAUAAAGGAGAAGAGUUUACACAUGCAGAUGACUGUAAUAUCCCCACAUAUAAUUGUGUGGGUCAUGUUAAAUGAAAUAACGUGUUUAAAUAAGUUUUACGUCACUGGAUUUUACUGUCCUGUUUUUACUUCAGUAUUUUUAUGCUUUCGGUUGUAUUUGUUCUGUAAUUCUGUACAUGACAAUUGAGCUCAAAUAGCAACCUGAAUCUCACCCCCUCACUGUAUGUAUACAUUUUGUAGAGAGAUGGGAUAUCAGCUACAUGCCCUUCCUGUCCCCCCCACCUCCUGUUAGGGAUGAAUGGCAGAACUAUGCUAUGAUAUUGAAAGCCUUUAAAAAAAAACAAAUCUAUGCAUGCUAUUUUAUAUCCUAAUGUAUUAUUCUUAUCAGUACAUAAGCUUAUGCUUGUCAGUUUUAUCUUAUGUAUAGAACUGAUUACUUUUGACAGUAUUUUUGCACUGUUUCUUCUCUUUCUCUUUUUAUAAAGUUCUAUUUGGCAUUAAUUGACUGCAAUAUUUUUUUUACCCUUCACUGCCUUUAUGUACAUAAAGCCUUUUCAAAUAUGAGAAUGUUUUCCAUCACUAAGUUGUUGUUUUUUGUAAGGCUGUCCUUCAUAUUCACAAUAUACAAUAAACCAUUUUUUUUUCAAGGAAAA